GAGGUCCGGAUUCCAGCCUGGCCGUCACUGCCGUGGGACACGGGCGCACCAAGGGCCCGCCCCGACCGUAGGACGGGUCUCUGCAAGGUGCCGGCCCGGACACCUGCCUCCUCGAGAGUCAGGAAAACAACGCAGACGUGCCUGGUACCGAGCCUGGCACGCCGCGGGCGCGCGGUCAAGCGGGCGGGAGCCGGAGGAGCCCCGAGGGGUUCCAGGCAGACUGGACGGCGGCCGCGGGCCAGGUCUCCGGAAUGAAAGGCCCUAGUGUCUGGGCCUCCUCCGCCCCUCCCCCUCUGCCGCAGUCUGUUCAGGGCGGGGAGGCACACCUGGCAGUGGGGACUGGGCCAAGUCCACGUCUGCACUGGCCCACCCAGGGCUGCCUAAAGUUGGGCGGGACUGCAGCUCCAAUCCAGGAGUGACCAGCCUGGCCCUGGCAGGGCUGAGGCUCAGCCAGCCUGGCUCUGCCCUGGGGUGGGGCUGGUGGGGUGGCGCGCACUCCAGGACUGCCGGUGCUGCGGCCCAAACUGGGCUUAGUCUUCUGGUAAAGGGUCCCACCCUUAGGUCACCUGAUGUAUUUCCUGCUUCCUCCCAGCUGACCCUUGAAAGGAGAGGGAAGGGGCUGCCUAGAGCAGGGGUACUAGUCACAGAGCCCAGGAGUCAGUUGACACUUAGGUGUGGCAGAGGCACAGGAGGCCUGAGUCUGAAUGGACAGAGCACCUGCCUGGGAUCCUGGAGUUCCGAUCCUGCUGCCAUGUUCCCUUCUGCCCAGGACUUUCCUGUCCCCAGACACUGAAGAGGGUUGUGUGGACCCUCAGAGUCCUGAAUCAAUUAGACCUAGAGAACAUGGUAGCUUUGAGCCUGUCUUCCUCCUGUACCAUGGGGCGGGCUUUAAAAUCUCCUCACUGGAUCCUCUCUACCACAUGCUGUGAGUACAGCUAUAAACUCUGUCCCCUGGAGAUGGAAACUGCUACCAAGAGGGGAUAGGUGGUCUUAAAAGCCCAAGGUCAGAGAGUGACAGUACCCAGACUUGAGCCAGGGCUGACUCCAGAGCCACCCUCCUAACGAGGGCACACAGCUGCCUACCUCUAAGGUUAGUUGGAGGCCAGCUCCUGUUAAAGGGUGCCCUGAGCAAGCACUUCAGCCACUGCUGAGCCUGUGUCCUGGGCCAGGUGCGAUGGCAGAGAAGGUGCUGGUGACCGGCGGCGCUGGCUACAUCGGCAGCCACACGGUGCUGGAGCUGCUGGAGGCGGGCUACUGCCCAGUGGUCAUCGACAACUUCCAUAAUGCCAUCCGUGGAGGGGGCUCCAUGCCCGAAAGCCUCCGGCGGGUACAGGAGUUGACAGGCCACUCUGUGGAGUUCGAGGAGAUGGACAUCUUGGAUCAGGCAGCCCUGCAGCACCUCUUCAAGAGGCACAACUUUAAGGCCGUCAUCCACUUUGCGGGGCUCAAGGCUGUGGGCGAGUCGGUGCAGAAGCCUCUGGACUAUUACCGAGUUAAUCUGACGGGGACCAUCCAGCUUCUGGAGAUCAUGAGGGCCCACGGGGUGAAGAACCUGGUGUUCAGCAGCUCAGCCACGGUGUAUGGGAACCCCCAGUACCUGCCUCUGGACGAGGCCCACCCCACAGGUGGCUGUACCAACCCCUACGGCAAGUCCAAGUUCUUCAUUGAGGAGAUGAUUCGGGACCUGUGCCGGGCAGACAAGGCCUGGAAUGCGGUGCUGCUGCGGUACUUCAACCCCACGGGUGCCCACGCCUCUGGCUGCAUUGGCGAGGACCCCCAGGGCAUUCCUAACAACCUCAUGCCUUAUGUCUCCCAGGUGGCAAUUGGGCGACGGGAGGCUCUGAACGUCUUUGGCAAUGACUAUGACACAGAGGAUGGCACAGGCGUCCGGGAUUACAUCCACGUCGUGGACUUGGCCAAGGGCCACAUUGCUGCCCUGAGGAAGCUGAAGGAGCAGUGUGGCUGCCGGGUCUACAAUCUGGGCACAGGCACUGGCUACUCAGUGCUGCAGAUGGUGCAAGCCAUGGAGAAGGCCUCAGGGAAGAAGAUCCCGUACAAGGUGGUGGCACGACGGGAAGGCGAUGUGGCUGCCUGUUAUGCCAACCCCAGCUUGGCCCAUGAGGAGCUGGGCUGGACGGCGGCCUUGGGGCUGGACAGGAUGUGUGAAGAUCUGUGGCGCUGGCAGAAGCAAAAUCCUUCAGGCUUUGGCGCACAGGCCUGAGGACCCUCCUCUACCGUGGACCAGAGAAGGAAAAGAGAAGCAACUACCUGCUCUCCAGCCUCUGGCAGGACCCCGGCGCCCCAGAGCUCGGGGGCCAAGCCAAGGCUGCCCCUACCUCAAACCCAAGCUGGGCCCACCCAGCCCACCAGGCAGGAGGCCAAGGGCUCCACUGACCAGGAGCUGGGUCUCUACUGCUUCUCUCCUGCAGGGUCCAGGAGCUCAUCAGGACCACCUCGAGCCGGCGAGGAGGCAGGGCUCGGGGACCACACCCCCUCCUCGCGGGCACUGACUUAGACUGCUUUGAGGGAGCUUUCCAAAGUACUUAAAAUAAAAAUGUUUUCUUAUACUGGG